AUGGCCCGCCGAAACGUCAUCCGCCUCGCUCGCGCCGCCCUCUCCGCUCAUCUUCCCCGCGGCUCUUCUUGUGUAAAUGAAUCGCUGUGCAGCGGGGGAUAUCGAUGCAGGGAGUAUAACACGGCAGGAUUAUGCAAUAAUCAGACGAGGCCUCUGUUCCAUUGGUAUUCGAGUAAUGGAGGGGUUAAUUAUGGGUUGAAAUUUGGAGUAUCAAGAUCCAUUCACGCCACAGCACACAUGUCAAGCAGAGAUUUUUAUGAUGUACUUGGCAUAAGUAAGAAUGCAACCGCAUCUGAAAUCAAAAAAGCGUAUCUAGGGCUUGCAAAGAAGUUACAUCCGGAUGUGAAUAAAGAUGAUCCUGGAGCUGCAAACAAAUUUCAGCAACUUCAAAAUGCGUAUGAGGUUCUGAAAGAUGAAGAAAAACGCCACACUUUUGAUCACCUUGGUCAUGAUCAUGAUGCUUUCAAUAGUAAUAGUGCAGAAGAGCGUGGAGGUGCUGGACCUGAUUUUUCUGGGUUUCGAGCUUUUGAGGAUAUCUUUAAAAAUCAUAAAGUGGAAUCAAGCUAUCCAGAAAUGAAGACCAUCAAACUCAAGAAGAACACAAGUUGCAGUUGCACAAGAAGCAUGCCUAGAAUGUUGUGA